AUGGACGUUUCGGCGAACUCAUGUAUCCGGUGUUUGCAUGGGCUGGUCUCAAACCCAAGCUCUCCCAGACGGAUCACGUAUGAAGUAUUUGGUUUGCUGCUCAUCAUUUAUGACUUGAUCUGGCUGCCAAUGCAAGUCUUCGAUCCAGCAGACUCAGACUUCAGCAUCGUGAUGGGUGUGUUGUCUUCCAUAUACUGGACCUUUGACAUUCCUCUUUCUUUUCUCGUCGGCUUUGCAGUGCAGGACAAAGGCAUCAUUGAGAUGCGCCUUCGGAAGAUCGCCUGGAACUACUUGAAGAGCUGGUUGCCUUUAGAUGUCGCGAUCGUUGCCAUCGACUGGGUCAUCAAUUUCCUGGAUUGGACCAGCAGCGAAAGUGUCGGUGCGGGUGAGGGUAUCUCUUUCUUCCGCAUUGGAAAGGCGGUUCGCUUCCUUCGCUUGCUUCGUCUUCUGCGUCUGCUAAAAGCACAUGGACGAUUCAACGAGCUGCUGGAACAUGUGCAGUCCGAGUUCUCGGUGAUUGUGAUCGGAGUCCUAAGACUGAUAGCCUUCAUUAUGCUGCUGAACCAUAUUGUUGCUUGCGUUUGGUUUUGGAUUGGGCAGUUGGAGAGACCAGACACCUGGCUGCUUCAAGCGCAGACAGAUAUCAUGUCCGCCAACUUGGCCUACCAGUAUUUCACAGCCUUGCAUUGGUCGUUCACUCAAUUUACGCCAGCUUCUAUGGAGGUCACGCCGAAGAAUGAGAUUGAGCGAUUAUUCAACGUUGUAGUCAUUAUAUCUGCCAUGGUGAUUUUCUCUACAUUUAUUUCCGCCAUCACCAAUGCAAUGAACCAGCUGCGAAAUCUGAACAGUGAGAGGAAUGAGCAAGCGUCUCUUCUGCGUCGCUACAUGCAGCAGAAUAGCGUCUCCGCACCUCUGAAAGCUCGUGUUUUGCAGAGCGUCAAAGCUUUGAGCCAAACCCGCUCGCGCGUGCACGAGGCUGACGUUUCGGUGCUCCGCUUAUUGCCGCUAAGCCUGCGGCAUGACCUGAGCCAGGAAGUCUAUGCUCCUCAUCUAGGAGUGCAUCCUUUCUUUUAUGUGUGCAACGUGUGCUUCUCCAUGCAGUCACGGAAGAUCUACAGCACCGCGUUAACAGAGAAGUCCCUCAGCACCUCCCAAGAGCUGAUCACCUCGGGUGAGAAUGCGACUCACAUGUACUUUGUGAUUGGGGGCGUGUUGGAUUAUAAAGCGGACGACAGCGAGGAGAAAGAUCUCCCGAUCGCCUUGGAGACAGGAGCUUGGCUCUGUGAGGCGGCCUUGUGGGUGAAGUGGCAACACAAUGGCACGGCUCAGACCGGUGCCGGCUGUGAGCUUAUCUCCGUUGACGCAGGAGGGUUGCAGAGCAUUCUCAAGGAUGAGAAGCCGGUGCGUCAGUAUGCCAGCAUGUUCUGCAAGUACUUCUCGGACAACCCGGACACCUUGUCGGAUGUCUGGGCAGAUGAAGAGGCAUUGUUUGAUUGGGCUACCAGAGCACUAGGGCAGGCUGAGACGUACUACGGCGAUGUGAUUCCUGCAGAGACAACGACUGCAGCUGCAAGCAAGUUCUCUGCCUUCGUAAAUGCGCAGAGAAGGGCUAGCAGUGGGUUCAUCGGGCGUCGCUUCUCCGAUGACAGCCUGUCGGGGCUCAUCCCCGGACCAAGCGAAAUGCCGCAAUUGUUGGAAGGGAUGCAUGAGGAGGGUGUUGGCCGUCUUGCUUCGCAAGAAGAGGGUGACGAAGCUGACAGCAGCAGCAGCAGCAGCGGCUUGACAGACAGCGAGUAA